CGCUGCGCGCUUUACGCGUUGCGUUCAGUUGCUUCCCUCUUUCCUCUCUCCUCUCGAAUUUUCCUUCUUUCGUCUCUUUCAUUUCUCUCUUUCUCUCUUUUUUUUAAGAUCUGCGAGCAUUGCGGGCGCCGCAUGUUGGCUGCGGCCCGCUUCCUGCUUUCUAAUGUUCCAUUGUGAGGAGCUUCCAUUGUGACGUCGCGCCCCUUCGGCUGGGCUUUGUCUGUCCAUAUAUGGGCAGCUACGUCACGGAGCUUUCCCGGGGCUCAGAUAAAUAGGCUGGUGGAGUUCCCUGGCUGGGAGCUUUUGGGCAGCAGUGAGCUUGCUAGGAAGCGGCGGGGCUGGUGGUGGUGGUAGCAGCGGCAGCGGCAGCGGCAGAGGCGGCGGCGGCGGCAGUGGCGGCGGUGGCGGUGGCGGAUCGGGGGGCGGGGGGGCCGCCGGCGCGCAUCUGUUUGUGAGAUCAAUACUGAGGCCGCGUCCAACCCCCUCGGACCGAGGUUCCCCCAGCCCAGGCCCCCCACCACCCCCCCGCACACGCCCCCCCCAGCCUCUUACGGCACCAGCUGAGGCACCCAAGAGGAUUACCUCCCCUUUGCCCUCUCUCCCACCCACCCCAAAAAAGAGAAGAUCCCCUCCCCUGGCCCACCCCUUCCCCUCUUCCCUCCCCCUCCCCCCGAACUUUCCCUCUCGCAUGCUUUUCCCCUGCACCACGGAUCGCCUCUCGGAUGCCGCUUGCCUGGAAGCUGCGUUAGGAGCGAGCGGCGGCGGUGGCGGCGGUGGCGGCGGCGGCAGCUCGGGAGUGCUAUGACCGGCAAACUCGCCGAGAAGCUGCCGGUGACCAUGAGCAGUUUGCUAAACCAACUGCCUGACAAUCUGUACCCCGAGGAGAUCCCCAGCGCGCUCAACCUCUUCUCCGGCAGCAGCGACUCGGUAGCCCAUUACAAUCAGAUGGCUACAGAGAAUGUGAUGGACAUCGGUCUGACCAACGAGAAGCCCAACCCGGAACUCUCUUAUUCGGGCUCCUUCCAGCCAGCCCCCGGCAACAAGACCGUGACCUACUUGGGAAAGUUCGCCUUCGACUCCCCUUCCAACUGGUGUCAGGACAACAUCAUUAGCCUCAUGAGCGCCGGCAUCUUGGGGGUGCCCCCGGCCUCAGGGGCACUCAGCACGCAGACCUCCACCGCCAGCAUGGUGCAGCCGCCGCAGGGCGACGUGGAGGCCAUGUACCCGGCGCUGCCCCCCUAUUCUAACUGCAGUGAUCUCUACUCGGAGCCUGUGUCUUUCCACGACCCCCAGGGCAACCCCGGGCUCGCCUAUUCCCCCCAGGAUUACCAAUCGGCCAAGCCGGCCUUGGACAGCAAUCUCUUCCCCAUGAUUCCUGACUACAACCUAUAUCACCACCCCAACGACAUGGGCUCCAUUCCGGAGCACAAGCCCUUUCAGGGCAUGGACCCCAUCCGGGUCAACCCGCCCCCUAUUACCCCUCUGGAGACCAUCAAGGCGUUCAAAGACAAGCAGAUCCACCCGGGCUUUGGCAGCCUGCCCCAGCCGCCGCUCACGCUCAAGCCCAUCCGGCCCCGCAAGUAUCCCAACCGGCCCAGCAAGACCCCGCUCCACGAGCGGCCCCACGCGUGCCCGGCGGAGGGCUGCGACCGCCGUUUCAGUCGCUCGGACGAGCUGACCCGGCACCUGCGCAUCCACACGGGCCACAAGCCCUUCCAGUGCCGGAUCUGCAUGCGGAGCUUCAGUCGCAGCGACCACCUUACCACUCACAUCCGCACGCAUACGGGCGAGAAGCCCUUUGCCUGCGAGUUCUGCGGGCGCAAGUUUGCGCGCAGCGACGAGCGCAAGCGCCACGCCAAGAUCCACCUCAAGCAAAAGGAGAAGAAGGCGGAGAAGGGGGGUGCGCCCUCUGCGUCCUCGGCGCCCCCCGUAUCCCUGGCCCCUGUGGUCACCACCUGCGCCUGAGGCUCGGGCCCCCAGAUCCCCACUUUUCCCCUCCAGUGUCUCCCAGCUGCUCGCCUGAAAGCAGCGGGAAAGCUAGCUACGGAGGCGCAGGGGCCGCGCCCUGGCCUCUCCAUGGACGUAAGGUCCCUUGUUCCCCUUCGAUGUCCCCCGUUUCCACCCUUUCACACCGGCCAACGGUCGGGGGCCAGGGCAGGAGGCGCCCUCCCUUCGCUGCCCCCCCUUAACCAAGGCGUGGGGGCGGAAAGGUGGCGUCUAGCCCGCUUUGUUCAGUUCGGAUCGUCUUGAUCCAGGGGCCGCUGGGCCGCGCCAAGGACCUGCGGGGGACUGAAGGCGGGGCCCGCCCAAGCCUCGCCCGACCCAAGCACCUCACGGCUCCCCCCACGGCUCCCUCGGUUCCCCCUCGAAGACCCGAGAGGGGGAGGGGGUAAGGAGCGCACCAAAGCGCAGAGCUUGCUGCCCGCCGCACGCACGCGCGCCUGCGUGCGGGGAUGCGCGCGAGUGUGCGUGCUCGCGUGAGUGUUAUGUGUGUGGGUGUGUGUGGGUGUGUGCGCGCGCGCGCACGCGUGUGUGUGGGUGUGUGAGACUCUUGAGCUGAACUGGGCUGUGUCCACCCCAAACUCUUCCCCACAUCGGGUCCCCAGGCCGCUGGGGGAAUGUCCCAGGUUGGGGGCCUGCACGUGGCCGGAUGAGACGGUCUUCCAUCUGCUCGGAAAUCAUGUUUCUUACAGAAAUGCCUCGGAUGCCGCCGCCGCGGGGCUGCUACCGCCGUGUAGGGUUCGGCCCCUCAGCACCCCUCCUUUUCCGAGCGCUUCCCUCUUAGGCCUCAGGGCAGUUUGAUCUGCGGGGAGAAGGAGCAGCCAUCACUAAACCUGCCUUGUAACAGAUCUAUUUCCUCAGCCCCACUUUUCAAAAUCUCUGUUCCUGAGUUCACCCUCGGCCCUUUCUCCCCCCUCCUCUCCCUUCGCUCUAAGCCUUUUCCCAUCUCUUUCAAAAUCUUCUUCCAGAAAGGCAGGCCUCAACCAGCCACCUCAUUUCACCAUCUUUCUGUUUUUGCUCGCACAUACCCAUUUCUCCUUCCCUGCCAUGGAUGGGAAAACAGGCUCAUUUUUCAUCCUUUGUCAUGGCCAACACAACAGGUAGAAUUAAAAUCUAUGUGGUGUGUGUGUGUGCGUGUGUGUGUAUGCAUGUAUGUGUAUAUACACGCAUACAUGCAUAUGUAUAUAUAACACACACACACAAUAUGUACUCCUAGUAAAAUAAAAUUUCUAAGGUACUUGGCUAUCCAGUGCAGUGCACCGGGAUAAAGAGAAUUUGUUGGUAUAUAAGCUUUAAAUGAUUUAUUUUUUAUGAAAAAUUUAACUGAUGAGAUUAUAUCUACAUAGGUAUGUGUAUGUAUAUAUACACAUAUGUAUGUAUGUAGGUAUACCUGCAUAUACACACAUCUCUGUCCAAAUUUUCCUUAAAGAUAUGGGUAUUUUUGCAUUAAUCCAUGUUUCUGAAUGAGGCAUAUCUUUUCCCCCCCUUAGCCCAGUCUCACCUUCUCCCCGCCCUACCUCACCUCUUCUCAGGCACCCCCUCCUCCCUAGCGCUUCCCCUACACAGGGGUGACUCUUUCAAAGUGGAGUAGUAGGGAAGGUUGCUCUGACACAGCUUCCAGCACAGUCUUGACUGAAUGUACUGUUCCCUAUUAGCGUUAUUUCUCCUGUGGUCACUAAGCUGCCCAGAGAGAAGGAACAAAGGUCUGGAGUUUACAGAAUGUCUGUUUUUAAAGUCACUUUAUGCGUUUCCCACUUUUUUUUUUUUUUUUAAGAAAAAAAGCAUCGGGGGUUUUUGUUUUGUUUUGUUUUUUGUUUUUUUGGGGUUUGUUUUUUGUUUUUUGUUUCCUUUGGUGGUGGAUAAAUAAUACUAAAAGGAGUCUAGUGAAAGGGAAAAAAAUCAAAGAGCAGGGGGAUUGUGAAUUUCCAGGUACUUGGACUUUUUGUAGGAGAGAGAAGAGGGUGAAGUUUGCCAGGAGGGCCCAUAUUUUUUCAGCUGAAGGGUAAAAUCUUUCUUUGCAGAGACAGUAUUUUGCUGAAUACUUUUUAUAAUGUGAUGAUUAUUAAAAACAAAAAUUUUGGUCACUUCAAAGCUGGAAGGAGGAAUCAAAUAUCCUUUAAUAUUUUUUCCUUGCUCCUUCUGGUUUAUGCAUGUCACUGCAUGAUAAUCUGAGUUUUCCUUUGUUUUAAUAAAACUGUUCUCAGACAUUUAAGCUUAAACUAAGAGAAAAAUAACUUUGUUGCCAAAAGGUUGUGCUAUCCAGAUUUUUUAUAUGUCUGCAUGUUUUAAAAAAAAAACAACAACAAAAGAAAAUGCACUCUAACUUAUGUGAACUGAGAGAAAAAAAUCAGGUUUUAAACAGGAAAACCUAUGGGGAAUGAUAUUUUUUGAAAGACUUUUGUAUAAAGUUGAGUACUUAGAAAAAGACAAACCAGAUGUAAUAUAUUUUGUGGAUGUUUUUAUUUCUUGGAUUUAUAGUACCUUAUACUAAGGUUAAAAAAAUAUGCUUGAUAUUGUGAAAAGGUGAAAUUCUUCACCAACAUUUCAUUUGCUCCUUUGUCACAUUGUUAUGCCAAUAUAAUAUAGUUAAUGAAAACAGCAUUUUUAAAAACCGAAAUAUUGAAAUGGUGUAAUGUUGUACCAUUUGCACUGUGAGCAAAUGCUAAUACAGUAAAUAUAUUGUGUUUGCUGACAAUCAGCCGGCCUAUAAAUCUCCUUAUUUUAUUUCUUGUUUUCAUAGUAUAAAGUUUUGGUUUGGCCUGUU